GAUAGCUUUUGCGUCUCCGUUUUCGAUUGUCCUUCUUCGUUUUCUACGCAACACGCAUCGUUUUAUUUAUUUUGGUUUCUAUUCCGCGCUUAUGUUUUUUGCCUUCGUGGAACGAGAUACAUCGAAUUGUCAAAAGGCCAUAUCAACGCCAUUGGCACCAUAUUCUAAACUGUAGCUGGAAUUGUGUGGUUCAGUGUUGGCGCAUUUGUGCAAUCGUGUUCAUUUUUUUCGGGCAACAGUAGAUAAGAGAUAAGGUUCGGCUGUAGUGUUGGCCAUCGCUGGUAGGUGCAUUUAGAAACGCAGCAGAUCUAUCUGAAAUCGAACGCGUAGUUAAGCGGAAGGCACACGUAGCAAAACGAUGGCUGAUGAAGACAAAGGAUUGGUCGCUGGACAUCCUCCAGCAGUGAAGGCAGGUGGAAUGCGCAUCGUGCAACAUAAGACUCCGAACAGCGAAAGGCCAGCUAAGGAUCCGGUCGAGGUCAUCGGGCUUUCGAAUCCAUCACCGAACGUAAACACCGGAGAGGUGGCUCAAUCGGCAACAAGUGCGAAGCAUACGGACCAUUCCGUCGAGGCAUCGCAAGUGGCCCAUGCCCAGAAACCUCCGGCACCUGUGCACAGCAAGCCCGUUAAUCAUAUCCAGCAACCUCGGAAGUGAAUUAUGCAUGUUAAUUCAAUAUCAAUGGGUGCGUGAAGAAGAUGAAGAAUAAGCGGAAGUGAGAAAGUAAACGACGAUUGAACAGAGGUUAGGUGUGUGGUACGGCUCGAUCGAAUCAUGCCGCACCACCAAGUGUAUUUUGGAAGUAGUCAUAACUGUGACUAGGGAAAGCAAUACAGCUGCUGAUCGGUGUUGUUUGUAAAGCCGUUCCCUAGUGCUGCUUGAAAUUUAUGCAUGUCAGGUUAAGCAGAUGGCCUUAUCGAUAAUCAAUGUCAGGGCAAAUGUUUUUUUUUCUUUCUUAUUCUCAUUGGUUUACUAAUUAUAGUCUCUUUUUUGGCGUUGCUUAGCGCGCAUUAUAACAUUUUCUCUUUUUUCCAUUUGUGGGACAAAGCCGGCUCAUUCAAUGGGGCAGCUCUUGUCUCGUUUUUCCUAUGGGUUUGGUCAUUAAGUAAUAAAGUCGUGUAACUAUGUACUAACAGAGAAUAACGCCCACGAUGUGCUGCAUAUAUUAGGGCAUAUUAGCUGAAGAAACGAACUUAAAUUAGUGAGAAGUUACAGGGAGUGUUCGGAAAGGAUCGUCAUUUUAUAUAACUUUUUUGUCACUAAUCAUCACUGGUUGCAGAAGAAGAGUUAAUUGUUUAUCAUUUGGCAAUCGCACGGGUGUGCGUUAUAAGGUGCUGCACCGAUGUUCCAACUAUCAAUAAAACUUUAAAAUGUGUACAAUUGUGGA